GAUACCGCAGUUGUAGCAUGGCCUCAACUGGCCACGCAUCGAAGCUACUUGUCUGUGCAAAGCAGUGGAAAUGGGUAGACACAGCUCAGAUUCCGAGGAGGAUAGACGAAGGAAACACAGAUCUUCGAGGAAACGUCACAGAAGAAGCAGGAGUCGAGAACGGAGGAAACGGUCGCGGUCUCGAGAGAGAAAACGAAGUCGAUCUAGAAGCAGUAGUUAUGAGGAUUACAGGCGUAGCAGAUCAAGUCGAAAAGGUCACAGAUUUAGUCGAUCAAGCAGUAGUAGAAGCACUAGCAGUAGUUCCAGUGGUGGUGGUUGGAGAAAAAGUAGGAAAGAUAAAAGGGAUUCAAGUUCACAGCUCACAAAAGAAAAGACUAAAGCAAAAAUGAAGAAAGCUUUGGCAAAAGCAGAAUCUAAAGAUGAAAUACUCAAAAGGGAUAAAGCUGCCAAGGAAUUAAGAGAGUUUGCACCUAACAAAGACACAAUAUUGCAAAUAGAAAGCAGUGAAUUUGUGCCUCAGUCCUUCAGCUCAUCUUCUGGCUCCAAAGGUCAUCAGAUAGGUGGGAAAAAUAUUGAUGGUAGCCAUGAAGAAGCUAUGUUUGGUGUUGGUGGAGCAGUGCCAGAAAUUUCAUCCCCAACUGUAGCUACAGCAGAGUUGAAGACUGCUCCUCAUUUAGUUAUAUCACAAACUUCUGAUAAGGAUGGACUGUUUGCUUCAUGGCUUCAUGAAGAUGAAGAAACCAAGACAUCUCGCUGGAUAACUAAAUUAAAAAAGAUGCGACAAGAACUCUUGGCAGCCACCUAGCUACAAUGUUAGUGGCUAUAUCCUUUUUUUUCUGAUAAAAAUACAUUCAAGUAAUUUUUGUAUCAGUAUGUUGUAUUGAAUAUAAAAACAAUCUAUUUUUUAGCUUGUUUUCCUAAAACAGUGUAACAUCUUUAAUAAGCCAUUCCCCUUGUGUUCAACACAAAAAGUUUUUUUGGCAGAUAUAAACUCAUGUAAGAUUGUUUUCAAACUUUUCAACCAUUUAGCUUAUGGUAACAAAAGGACUCUGACUCUUUCUCUUCAUAACAACCUAUAUCUAGAGUACAAAAACGUCUGGGUCAUCACAAUGUUGUAAUAACUUAACUUAGUAGUAUUGUAGAGAACUUAAGCAAUAUUUUUACAACUUUAGAACUUAUCCUAGAUAAAUUUUCCUAUGAAACCUUGUGUCAGUCUAAGUCAAAUCUUCUGCAAUACAAUUGUAAGCCAUAAAGAUGACCUGAAUAGUGAUAGGUUUUUCGAAACAUGUUCCAUAUCAUAUAUAGAUAAGUUCCGUAUAUUUAUAUCACAGAUGUGUGUUACCUUUGUCAGUAGAAUACUUGCAGAGAACACUAAAACAUGUUACAGACAUUAUAGCCUCGAUGGAAACCUAGUAUAAACUUCAUCUAGAGAUAUUCUCAUCGUUUCUAAAAUGUGAACUUUGUAAAAAAAUAAAAUUUCGAUUAACCUUA